AUGGCGACUCCCGAACUAACCAUCGCCAAAGCUGCCCUAUCAGCAUCUCUCUUCCGCGCCGACCCAGCAUCCAUCAGCCGUCCCUCAGUCGACACUUUCUUUCAACAAGUCACUUCAACACUGACGCAGUGCUCCCGCCCCAAUGUCCAGACCUGCAAAGACUACAUCCUCAGCAACAUAAUCCACUCUAGUGGCCGAAGCACCGCUCUUGCAAAAUACCUCGUCGCCCUGUCAAAUGCACAAGUCGAUGACGCGGCACACCCUCGUCCCAGCACAAAACGCCGCCGUCUACACGUACUCUACAUUGUCAACGACGUGCUGUACCACGCUGCGCGCCAGGGAAACCAAGACUUCCGUACCACCGUGGAAGCGUACCUCCCUCCGCUGAUCAGCGCUGCCGCCUCAUUCGAGAAAUGUCCGAAACACAUCAAGAAGCUACAAGACCUCGUUUCCAUAUGGAAAUCAAAACAAUACACUUCCGAUGCUGUGAUCCCCAAACUUCAAGAAGCCCUCGCCGGGUCGACCGUCUCCGCAACCCCAGAACCUGUCAAUACAUCUCUCAAACUCGCCAAGGAGGCGCCCUUCAUACUGCCAUCUUUCCACGGCGACGCAUCGACAGCAUGGUACGAUUUACCGGCAGCCACGUGGCUGCCUCACCUGGUGCCGAAUUCCACAAAACCAAUGCUCCCAGAUCUCAUUCGUCCAAUUCAACUCGCCCCAGGGCCGGCGGACAAUGUCGUCACCGCUGCGGUAAAGGCGUUGCUUUCCGAUGCGGAGAGAAUCUUCUCCCGCGACAGAAGACCAGACGACGACGCGCACAUCGACGUGAAUGAAAUGGGCGAGAGGAUCGUAUUGGAUGAAAUCACGGGUGAAGUCAUUGGCGGAGAGACGUACUACGGCUGGUCCAGACGGUUCUGCGAACGAAUGAAGGACCGCAGAAAAGGCAAACAAAGAGGUCGGUCCGAGUCUCAAUCUUCAGCGCGCAGCUAUUCGCGCAGCCGCCGCUCUUCAUCACGAUCCUUCAAACGCAGGCGCAUGUCACCUUCCAGAAGCCGCAGCCGCAGCCGCAGCCGCAGCAGAAGCUACACACCCCGAUCAGCCUCGCGCUCGCGCUCGCGAUCACGAUCACGAACCCGCAGCCGCCGCAGGUCCUAUAGCAGCAGUCCCCAUCGCGGCUCUCCGAAGCCAUCUCCCCAGCCAACCGCCAACCCCAAUAUGCCAUUCAACAUGCCCAUACCUCCCCUACCGGCAGGAUACACAGGUCCCUGGCCGCCACCGCCUCCUCCCCUUCCUCCACAAGGCUGGAUGCCAGAUCCUACCUUUGCAGCUCAGAUGAUGGGUGUGUGGAACGGGCAAACUCCCCCGCCACCUCCUCCAACAACCCAAGCCCAAGCACAAUAUAACAAUUAUAAUCAACGGGGUGGAUAUGACGGGUUUAGAGGACGGGGACGGGGAUACUACCGAGGCGGUGGAAGGGGCUACAAUAGAGGGAGAUAA